CAAUAAGCCACAACCAAACACAACUUAACCGAACACCAAAACACCCACAUCUGCAGCCAAACAAUCACAACCUUUCAUCCCCUUCACUCUAAUCUUUUUUUUCUCUCUUCCAUAACAAAUCCUUAUUUUUUUUAAAAGUUUAGGGGAUUAGAGGUUUCCAACCAUGGAAGACGGGAAAUUACCAGCGAUUUCCAGAACAUUAAGAUACAUCCAACCGUCCGACUACUUGUUCCGGGUAGAGUGUGUCUCUUCCCUGAUGAACACAAACAUUGAAAAGUAUGAAUCAGGGAAAUUUGAAGCAGGUGGCUACAAAUGGAGAUUGUGUCUCUACCCAAACGGGAAUAUAAAAAGUAAUGGGAAAGGUUACAUCUCCCUUUACUUAGCAAUAGCAGAUACUAAAAUGCUUCCUCUUGGUUGGGAGGUUAAUGUUAACUUCAAAUUGUUUGUGUUUAAUCAUAAACAUGACCAGUACUUAACUGUCCAAGAUGCUGGUGGGAAGCUAACCCGCUUCAAUGUGAUGAAGACUCAAUGUGGUUUUCCUCAGUUUCUGUCGCUAGAUGUUCUCAAUGAUCCUUGUAAUGGAUACCUGAUGGAGGACUCUUGCAUAUUUGGAGCAGAGGUUUUUGUUAUAAAAUAUAGUGGCAAAGGGGAGUGUCUUUCCAUGAUAAAGGAACCUGUUGAUGGUACUUUCACUUGGGUGAUUGAGAAUUUCUCUACACUGAAGGAGAAAGUCAUGUACUCUGAUGUAUUCACAGUUGAAGAUUUCAAAUGGCAUGUGUUAUGUACUUCCAUGAAGCUAAUUCUCUACCCCAAAGGAAGUUCUAAGACAAAGAACAAAAGCCUAUCCCUCUUUCUAGAGCUGGCUGACUGUGAAACACUUGAUAAUCAGAGUAAGUUGUAUGCUGAAUUCGAGCUGUUGAUAAGUGAUCAAGGCAACCUUGGAUAUGUCAAACACCACGCUAAGAACUGGUUCUGUCACUCAAAGAAGGAAUGGGGACUCCAUAAUAUGUUAUCUCUGUGUGAUUUCAAUAACAAAUCGAAGGGCUUCGUAUUAAUCUAUAAUUUGACGGUUCAAGCAAAGAUUGCACUCAUGAUGCUCUCAAGUAAUAUCUCUAAUUAAAAAAGAAUGAUGAAUGUGCUUAUUUUAAAACACGGCAUGUUAAUACCAAAUAUAUAUGUAUUGCAUUAUGGAGAUGCAGGGAGAUAUUCUCCUGCUUUAACUCAUGACAAGGUUACUGUUGUCUGGUUUAAGUUGAAAUCA